ACAUGCACGCACGGCCUCUGCCGGCCGCGCGCGGCGCGAUGGAUCGAUGGUGACGAUCACCGCGUGCAUGGCCUGUGUCUGAUCCAGUCCAGAACGGACGAUUGGCACCGUCGUCCGGGCGAUCGAUCACCACCUCGAUCGAUUCCUAGCUAUUUAAACGACGUAGCCCUGCUCAGACGUUUGGCCAUUAGUGCUGUGCUGGUGGUUCAUCUCCUAGCUCUCGCUACUAGCUUAUUGCUGACAGUAACAACAAUGAAGGCAACAACUGGGUCAUCAUCAGUAGCUCGCGUUCUUGUUUUGCUUGCGACGACGGCAUGCCUCCUGUGGAAAGAAGCCGCGUGCUUCUCGGCGUCCGGCAUGAACAAGGCGUUCGCCACUUUCUACGGCGGUAGCGACGCUUCAGGAACGAUGGGUGGAGCUUGUGGGUAUGGGAACCUGUACUCGACGGGGUACGGCACGAACACGGCGGCGCUGAGCACGGCGCUGUUCAACGACGGCGCCUCGUGCGGGCAGUGCUACCGGAUCUCGUGCGACUACCAGGCGGACCCGCGGUUCUGCAUCCGCGGCACGUCGGUGACCAUCACGGCCACCAACCUUUGCCCUCCCAACUACGCGCUGCCCAACGACGACGGCGGCUGGUGCAACCCGCCCCGGCAGCACUUCGACAUGGCCGAGCCUGCUUGGCUCAAGAUCGGCAUCUACCGCGGCGGCAUUGUUCCCGUCAACUACCAAAGGGUGCCAUGUGUGAAGCAAGGAGGGGUGAGGUUCACCAUCAACGGGCGCGACUACUUCGAGCUGGUGCUCAUCUCCAACGUCGGCGGCUGCGGCUCCAUCCAGUCGGCGUCGAUCAAAGGAUCGAGGACCGGGUGGAUGGCCAUGUCGAGGAACUGGGGAGUCAACUGGCAGUCUAACGCGUACCUCGACGGGCAGAGCCUGUCGUUCCAGGUCACCAGCAGCGACGGCCAGACCAAGACCUUCCUCAACGUCGCGCCCGCCGGCUGGGGGUUCGGCCAAACGUUCGCGACCUCGCAGCAGUUCUCUUAGUUAUUUAUUAGUGGACGUUUUUGCUCUCUCUCGCUCGUCUUUUCGUAUACAUAAUAUGCCUCAGACUCGACUCGAUCGUCAAUACCGUGUAAAGUUUACCUGCCUUUCUUCA